UUGGCAACCAAGCUUAGUCUCGUCAAUUCAGAUAGCUUUUCUGUCUGGGGCCGCGGCAUCAACAGCGAAGGGAUCAGGGUUGGCGAUGUGGUUCCUGUUCACAUUGACGUCAAGGGUCCUACCGCUGAAGUUGUAGAUGAUUUAUCCGUCCAAGUCUUCGCAGAUGAUGGCGCUGUGGUACCUGUGAAGCAGCAAAAGAAGGGAUCGCGUUCUACUUUCCUUUAUUCUCCAGCAAAAGUUGGAGGACACAGUGUGCACGUAGCAAAUAAACUCGGACCCAUAGGACAAAGCCCGUAUAAGCCAAAGGAACCCGGUAUUUACAAGGUCAAUGUACUGGCUGGCGGAGAGCACAUAACAGAUUCUCCUUUCGUUCUCGAGGUCGAGCCUACCGUGGCCGGCUUUUACCCAUCAGCGGCACAACUCGUCUGCCUUGACAACGAAAUCAACCUCACCCCUGGCGAACCGGCAUCUUUUCAAAUUGACACCCGAAACGCUGGAGCUUGCGGUGAUGCUCCAUUGGUUGAAGUGUUUGAUGAAGAUUUGAAUCUUGUGCCUCUCAGCGGCUCUCCAAUUGACGACGGCAUUUAUGGUUACAGUUUCGUUCCCAAAUCUAUUGGAAAACAUCAUAUCGUCGCUAGUCUGAGGGGCGUUGCGAUACCCGGCUCACCUUUUCCGGUGCAUGUACGCAAUCCCAUCGAUGUUUCCAAGCUGAGAAUUUACGGACCAGGAGUCGACGGACCCGUGAAGAGUCAAGAGCCUACUCACUUUACCAUAGAUGCGAAACAGGCUGGCUCUGGGGCGGUUGAGGGGGAGCUAUCAAAUGCUCAUGGAAUCCAAAUGGAGAAUUGGGUAUAUUGGUAA